CACCUCAGUUUACAGUCUGACCACAACAAGAAACGCCUGCUUCUCCCGCGCUGUUCCGGAUAUUCCGAGCUUAAAUAUGGCUUUUUGAAUUUGUUUAGCUGUUGGACCCGAAAACAAGUCGUGCUUUGCUUAAGCAACGCACCUGAACUACUCUACACGUUUUCCGCAAGAAUGGAGUUUCAUAAUGCUCACCCAGCCCUGCUCUUUGUGGCCCAGCUGUCAGACCCUGCCUGCUCCCAGCACAUGCUUGGACUUGGACUGAAUCAAAGCACCAACAGUCAAAAUGAUGGCAACAUCAGCUGCUGUUUGGAAGAGUCUUCAUGUCUGCCCGGCAGACCCCCUCGCUCUCUCUCACCCACAGGCUAACCACAGCCAAUCACAGGGGUGCAGGGGGGAGGUGUCAGAGGAGCAUCAGCACUUAAUUGAUAUCCUGCAACGACUACAAUUUUUUCCCCCCUCCUCAUUAGGUGAUGGUCUCACUGACUGGAUGACGGAAGAAGUGGAUUUCUCCUCGUACCUCCAAAAUCCUCCUUCCCCUCCCUCUUCCACCAAUGCUUCCCUUCCCCCCUCACCCCUUCAGAAUGAUAUCCAGGUGCCCUCUGACUUGGAGGUCAUGACCUCCCUGCUGCAGGAGGAACUUUCCCAACUAGAAGACUACUUCCUGUCUGAGCCGGUGCCAGAAAAAGGACAGAGGCUAGGAAAAUGUGACAGGGGUCCGGUGCCGGCAGGUCCUCAGCCGUUCAGUCAGCUGCCAUAUGUAUCGUACUCUACAUCUGGCCAAUCAGAAUCCAGUCCACUUCUUGUUACCCUGGCAACGGGAGAACUGGACCUGCUCAGUAUCUGUGGGGGGCCUAUUGGGCGAUCCAAAAUUUCAAGACACACCCCAUACAGCUGCAGUCGCCCCGGUGGGUGUGGUAGGAAAAGAGUCCCUGAUGGAGUGAGGUUCAGUGAAGGCUAUGAUAACAGUUUGUUGAGUUCUAAAGGAAACACCUCAGGUAACUCAGCAGUGAACCUGACGGCAAAUUAUAACUGUGGAGAAGAUGAGCAUCUGGUCGGUAAAAAUUACUGUCUGGGUGGGGCAGUCGAGGUUAGAAGAUGUGGCGUUCUACCCAAAGAAGAGAAAAACUGCUGUUUCAGUCAAAAUGUGAUAGGUGGUGUGAAGGGUGUUGGUGGAGGGUUUAGUUUUGGUGGAUCAGUUGAAGUUCCACACAAAAAAGAGGAUUUGUUAAUGUAUAGCAUGAGAGAGGUCAGUGGAAUUACCUGUAACAAUGAGGUGCUGAACAAUAUCAAAGCAAGUGUGGAUGUGACAAAAGCCAGCAUGUGUUGGAAAAGUGAGAGCAGUGAAGGUUGUUUUCUUCCAACGAUUCCACAGUCUGAUGUCUAUCACAGCUUCUUAGAAAGUGCCAAUGAACAGGUCAAAGCAGAGAGUGUGCAGAUAGGACAACAUGACUUACACUGUCAUUUCCUGGAGGAUCAGGGUCCAGAGUAUCUGUUGAUGGCGAGGGAGAGUGUGAGUCUGGAGUCGUCAGGGCACAGAGAGACUUGCAGGCUUAAGGACGACCACUGUGACACAAAAUACGAAGUGGACAUCAUUCCUGGUGAAGGUGGGGAACGCAAACAGAAGAAAAGGGAUCAGAACAAAACUGCCGCUCACAGGUAUCGUCAGCGAAAAAGGGCAGAGCUAGAUUCUUUGGAGGAACAGUUGCAUUGCCUUGAAGGGAGGAACCGGGAGCUCCGAGACAAGGCAGAGUCCGUGGAACGUGAAAUCCAGUACGUUAAAGACCUGCUGAUCGAGGUUUACAAGGCCCGGAGCCAAAGGCUUAAACGGGACAUAACAGCGCAACAUUAGGCUCCAGCAAGUUCAUGUAAAGAUGGUGUAGCAGGGAAAAUGUAGGAGCAUUUUUUAAAUGUUUGAAAUCCUUUUUUUUCCAUUACAAGAGGUGUGAAUGCAUGCUUUGCUAACAUUGAUUAUUUCUUUCACUUAAAAUCAACACUGUCCAAUUCUUCCUCUGCUUUUGCACUCUAAUCACCUGAGCCUGAACUGUGGUAUUGCAAUGCAUAAAAUGACAAUCAUCUUUAAUACAGUAGGUCUCACACUGAGGGAAUCUACAGUGUUGUUCUAUAGGUAAUGUUACGCAGGUUAAAUAUUUAUAAUA